ACUUUCUCCCUUGGUGUGGUAUUGUAUUGGCUGUAAUAAUGGGACUUGGGCAAGGUGUUCUUGUGCUUUUAGUGUUGAUCACGUUUGAUCAUGUGUAUUGUGCCGCACAAAAGGCUUGGGGGUUUCAGCCCUGGGUUCUGACGCAUGACGAAUCUAAAAAAAAUGAUUCUCAGCUUAGGGAGACGUGGAAACCGAUCCAAGCUCCAUAUGGGGUUCAGCCUCAGAGGCCUCAGCUGGCACCGCUUACUCCAAAUCUUGCAGCUUCUAGUAUUCAGUCCAAACAAGAAUUGCAGGUCCCUGUCAAGGAGCUGAGCUGGAAGUUCCCGAAAGUCCCAGAAGAGCCAGUACAGCCGGCUUCUAACUUUGAGUUGCAGCAGCCUAAACCUUCAAACAGUGUAGCGGUCCAGUGUUGGGAAAAUGGGGUGCAUGUGGAAGUGAAGCAGGACUUCUUUGGCACCGGCCAGCUGCUUGAGCCCUCUCUCUUUUCUCUUGGGGGCUGCAGUGUAGUGGAUGUGGAUGUAGCUGCCAGAGUCCUGGUCUUUCAAUCAGCACUUCAGGAGUGUGGCGGUCAGCUUGUGGUGACUGAAGAGGAGCUUGUCUAUAUUUAUACCCUUGAUUAUAGACCAGCGGAGUUACAGAACAUUCCUAUUGUAAGGUCCAGGGGAGCUUCAAUUGGUAUUGAAUGCCACUACCCCAGGAGACAGAAUGUGAGCAGUAAUGAACUGAAACCAUCUUGGAUCCCAUAUCAGUCCACCAAGGUUGCAGAGGAUAUUCUGGUCUUUUCACUGAAGAUUAUGACUGAUGAUUGGACGUUAGAAAGGGCUUCAAAUGUCUUCUUCCUGAGUGACAUCAUAAAUAUUCAGGCAUCUGUAAAGCAGUACAACCAUGUCCCCCUUCGAGUAUUUGUGGACAACUGUGUUGCCACUACAGUUCCUGACGUGAACUCCACUCCAAAGUAUUCUUUCAUUGAAAAUCAUGGCUGCUUCACUGACGCGAAGUAUACAGGCUCUGUGUCCAGAUUUCUGCCUCGAGUGCAAGAUGACAAGCUCCAGUUUCAGUUGGAAACUUUCAGGUUCCAGCAAGAAAGCAGUGGUUUUGUUUAUAUCACCUGUCUUCUAAAAGCAAGUGCUGCUUCAUCCCAAGAUGAUGAAGAUAAUAAGUGUUGUUCUUUUACAGCAAAUGGAUGGGUUUGUUCAGAAGGAAGUGAUCACGUGUGUGGCUGCUGCGACACAAGCUGUGGCACGAAGACCGAUGAUGUGUUCCCCAAAGUUCCAGGUUUGCACUGGGAGGGAAAUGUCCAAGUUGGUCCUCUCCACAUCCAGGACAGCCAACAUGCAAAAAAUGUUUAAUUUUUUUUUAAAUAAAACUAUAUAAUGAAUAAGUA